UUUUUGUUAUGUUAUUUGGGUGACCAUUUUCUGGAUAGGGUGGUCUAAAAAAAUAAAGAUUGAAGAAAAUAUUUAAAAUUUAUUAAUUUUAAUAAUGAUAUUACAAUUUUCAAAAAAUCAUUACCAGUUGGCCGAUUUUUUUAUUCGCUUAAAAGGUAUUAAAUUGUAGUUCUCGGGAAAAAAAAUGUAAAAAGGGUGCAAUUCUUUUGAAAGAUAGUCAGCCCUCAAUUUGGUAAAAAAAUCAAUCAUAAUUCAUCUGUAGUGUUUUUGGGAAUUCCAUUUCUGGGUAACAAAUUUUUUGGGAACUAUUUCUUCCAGAAUUUUAGUAAUUUUUCCCAGGAAUGAUUUGCUCCUUGACAUAGGUCAAUUUUAGAAUUUUGUUUAAUCAAAUAGAUUUGUGACAAUUAGUGAUCGUUUUUUUUCAGGAGAAUAAUAAAAAAAACCUAGAAACAUCAGGAAAUUUCAUUGUGGUGAACGAAUAAGGGUAUAAGGCUUCCGUCAACAUGAACAUCCCUACUUAAGCCGCUUAUAGUUUGGUUGCCAUCGCACAUCUACCAGAGCGGCUGAACCGAGUACGAUUCGAACGAUGUUGGUGUUGGUACCUACCGCGAACCGUCUACUAGAACACCUUCAGCACUGGCAACGGUGGGCUCGGGCUUUCAGUUCGCGUUGGGAUAUCGAAUCGGACGGGUUUUGAUCGCGCGCGCGACGCGUUUGUUACUUACGUUCCCUUUAUUUUUUUUUUGCUCGUUGAGGCGCUUAAGGAAAAGUGGUUUGCGCGAAUCUGGCGCUAGACGGAAUCCGCCGCUGCCGCCACCGUCGCAGUGCAGAAAUGUGUUGAAACAAGUUUCGUUCGGAGAGCCUUUUCGCAUGUGUGUUUUCAUUUUAAGUUUUUGGGGGCCUGUGCUUAGCUCAUGAUCGAAGGGCGAUUUUAAGCCAUUUCGCGCCGUUUGGUUGAGGGAAUCAUCACCGCGCUAAAAGCAUCUCGUUAGGUGCGCAUUGCUGCACUACUGUAUGCAAUUGGUCCCUUGCUGAAUUGAAGAAUAAACGUAGUGUCUCGAAACGCAUUAAGGCUUUUGAGAGGGUGUUUAACGAUUUUGGAUGAAUUGUGUACCCUUCAGUGCUGAAGCUGCUGCAUGUGAAUCGAUGGAGUGUGAAUUAAGUCGCCCAACAAUAAAUUUGAGCUAAAGUAUCAUCAUCAUCUUGUCGAAGGUGUCGAGUGUUGAAGAAAUAGGAGAAGAAACGUACCCCUCUCGGUAGAAGGCUUUGGAGUGUGCGCUCGCUUAGGUUUAGUCGCAGUUGAAAGUGAGAAAAGUAGGUCUCGUUGAGUGACCGUUGUGAACGUGCAGUCAGCUGGAACUUCGCUGCGCAGUGCUUACGACAGUCAGUGGUGAUUCACGGCCCACUACCUCAAGGAAGGUCGAUUCGAGAUAAAUAAUUAUCGGCUUUGUCACGUUGUGCGGUUGAUCUUGCGUUGCUCUCUGUCCGGGCUGGUGUUUGUGUGUUUAUGAUACGCCUUCAAUAACUAAAAUGGAAUUUCCCUGUUCGCUUGAGUGAAUCUGUAGGGAUUCAGCAUUUUUUUUCUGCGGUACUGAGCACUCCGGUGUGCUGGUGUAUAAUUAAGAGUGAUAUCGCACGUUUGCUUGCUGGCGGGUGCGACAACGCCAUCGAGUUAUUCAAGUGCUUUCGUGUUUCGCGGCAAUUGAGCUGUUGGAAAGAUAUGAAUUGUUUGUUUGGGCAAGAUAGUGAAUGAGUGUUACGCGAUGUUGACGACAAGAAAACCGGGGCCGCCAGUCCCUCCCAGACCUAGCGCUGCAGCCGUGGCCAAUGCACUGGCUAGACACCGUGAGAACUCUCCCAGCCCAGUUGGAGUUCACACGCUGAAGCCACCACAUCCAGGACGUACUGUGGUUUACAAAUCGCCGGGAUUCGAUCAACCCAAGAAACCGCAACAGAUCAGCACUAACGGAAAUUUCGUCGCAAACGGAGACUCCAAGAACUGCUCGGACUAUUCACCUCAGAAGACCGAGGUCUACCUUAGCGAUUCUAACGGACUCUACGUACCGCGUCCCAUUCUACCGGUUGAGAAUGGCGUUAAUCACCGCAAUAAUAACACCAAUUCCAACCUAGUAAACGGCAAACUAAUGUACACAUCAACGUGUAGUAUAAUUGAAGUAAAUUCUUCCUCGUCAGCCUCGACUUCGGCAUCGUCUUCGCCAAUGUCAACACUUCAAAAGCCAGAAUCCAUCGGUCGUAAUGAGUGCAAUCAUCGUAAUUUUGCCGUUGAAGAGGACUCCAUUACGAGCCAAAAACAGCUGAAAAAUUCCUACAACCAUCAGCAUCUGGACACAUUUGAUGAUGCCUCGGACAUUAGGCGUAAUUCGCCCGAUGUGAUUGUGAUCAACUCAACGUCCUCGGAACAUGACAGUGGCACCGAGCAAAAUUCGAUCGAUACCAAUAGCAUUGCCAGCAGCAAUUCGCUUGAACGAGAGAAUAAUAUGAAAAACCUUGGAAAUCGACAAGCUCACAUGACCGAGAUUAUCAUCGGAUUAAGCCCGGAUGAGCUCUGUUCCACCACGACCGUUGUAACCAACGGAACAUCUACGAUCAUCGAAGCUCGGAACGAUACUCUCCUUACCAAUCCGUCCUCGCCGGACCCCAUCAAACAUGUGAUAAGAACAUCGUCCAUUCGACUCCCGUACCGCCCGGAGCCCGAGGGUGGCGAGCAUAUCUCACCCACAAACGAUCGCAACGCAUCUACCAAAUUGAUCAAUCCCCCGUCGAUCGACCCGAAAACGAUCGACACCAAGCUGAGCGAGAAGAAAGUGGCCUUUCAUGAGUUGCUCAUUUCCGAGCUGACGGCAAUGAGGCAGCAGCACUCUGGCUUGCUGGAGGAAGGUGGCGUUAAUGCCGGAGCUGCCUCCAGGCGACAGCGAUGCCCCCCAGAGACGCGCUCUUCGGCGGAUGUUUCGCCGAGUGGAACCAGCAGCCGGCCGGCAGCGGCUAGCAGGAUCCGUACGGCCGAUUGGAUAGAGGUGGGCGAUAACGGCAAAGAGGUUGUGCUUUCCAGCUGCCAGAUCAGCUUGGAGGAUUCCGGCAUGGAGGACGAGGAGAAGCUGGACGAUGCCUCGUCCGGUGUGGGGGAUUCCUGGGAUAGCGUCAAGGAUGCCGAAGAACGGUAAGUUGAUGGAUUCCCAUUUCAUGUUUGUACCUUUGCGGGAAGCACAGCAAAAAUUCGACAUAACGGUGUUGAAGUUUAACAAUCAUAAAUUAUUUCAUCGUGUUGUUUGUUAGAUGAACAUCUGACUGCCCAGUGCCCAUUGAGCUUGUCCGUUGAGUUCGUUCCGAAGUGCUCCAAAAAGUUAGGUGGAUAUUCUUAGGCUACUUUACAUGUUACUACGCAGCUUUCGCCAAGAAUUUUUUGAGCUAAUGUCGAAUUCUUGAAAGAGAUUCUGUCACUUCCGUGGAAGU